AUGAUAAUAAGGCAGCAGAGGACUAUAUAAAGGUGAACCUCCGACUGCUCCUUGUAUUCACUCCUUCCAGAGGCAUCAAGAUGAAGGGGUUUAUCAUCUGUCUGCUGGUUUCUGCCCUCUGCCUGGACCUUGCUCAGUCCUUGCAAUGCUAUUAUUGCCAGGAGCAAAGUGAUUGCAACGAGGUAAAGGAGUGCCCGCAGGAGUCAGGAGCGUGCAAGCUCUCCAUAACCCGUGCAGAUGGAGUACAGAAGGUCUCCAAAGAUUGUGCCCUCAACUGUGAAGACCAAAAUUUCUCAUUCUGCUGCACUUCUGACCUAUGCAACAACUUUAAUAUUCAAUCCAGUGCAGAUGGCCUCUCCAACUCUGCUUCUUCCACAAGUAGUGGCACUGGAAAUGCCGCUGGUAUUUCUGGUGCUGCCACUACUAAUUCCUCCACUGGAAACUCAUCCAGUAACACCAGUUACCCGAAUACUAUGACCGGCCCCAACAACAGCUCUGACACUAAUAAUUCCUCUGCUGGUAACUCAGCCAGUGGCACCAGUUACUCUAAUGGUAUGACCGGCCCCAUCAUCAGCUCUGCUACUAAUAGUUCCUCCACUAGUAACUCAGCCAGUGGCACCAGUUACUCUAAUGGUAUGAACGGCCCCAUCAUCAGCUCUGCUACUAAUAGUUCCUCCACUGGUAACUCAGCCAGUGGCACCAGUUACUCUAAUGGUAUGAACGACCCCAUCAUCAGCUCUGCUACUAAUAGUUCCUCCACUGGUAACUCAGCCAGUGGCACCAGUGACUCUAAUGGUAUGAACGGCCCCAUCAUCAGCUCUGCUACUAAUAGUUCCUCCACUAGUAACUCAGCCAGUGGCACCAGUUACUCUAAUGGGAUGACCGGCCCCAACAGCAACUUGAAUACAGUAAACAACAGUGGGCACGUAUCUGGCUCCAACUCUUCCACUAGUACUUAUAACAACAAUAGCAGCUCCACCGCGGGUUCAUCUGCCACCAUUUACUCUACCGGUGGAUCAUCUUCUCAUGGUGGAUCAUCUUCUCAUGGUGGAUCAUCUUCUCAUGGUGGAUCAUCUUCUCAUGGUGGAUCAUCUUCUCAUGGUGGAUCAUCCAAUUAUGGCUCCUCCCCAUCAAACAUAAAAGAGCAUUCAAUUAAGUCUAGGAGAUAAAUCAGGAAGAUAUCCAGAGCGAGGGGUCCUGGAAGAUAAAACUGCACAAUCUACCCAUCAAUAAGGUCACAUACCACCCUAUAUGUUAGUGGCCUCCAACCUGUGGCUCUUGAGUCUUAGGGAAACCAUAACUCCUAGUAUGAUCUGACAGCUACAUGCAUGCUGGGAGUGGUAUUUUGCCAACAGCAGAAGAACCACAGGUUGAAGACCUAGAUGAAUUUUAUUUUUCUUUAGUUGAUGAGAUCAUAUUGCAAUUAGCCCAGGUGGGCCUGUGGUUCUCCCACCCGUAAGAGUAACUGUGACCCUUAUAUCAGUAUACCCCUACGUCUUGAAUGUGUUGACUAAUGAACUACUUCUGCUUUCAGGGUUCAAUGGGCUGCAUAGUUCCAAUAUGUUGUGUGGGUUUCAUGAGGAGCUGGAUACUGUAGGCACACAACCGCUAGUGCUGCCCCAUACAGUAGGGUUCUCUCCUACAUUUUAUGUUUAGUAGUCAGUGCUUACUGUACAUUUUUUCAAUGUAAUCUUAUAAAAGCAGUAUAAUUAUAUGCAAUAAACGUAUUGUACUCUCGGA